GGAAAGAAAGGACUGUCACACACACACAGAGGCGGAAUGUCUGUGCUUUUCAUCCUUUUCCUAGCCUCCUGUUGCCCUUGGAUGUCACAAGCACAGACCGAAUUUAAAAGGGUGGCGGAAGGAAACGUGACUUUGCCCUGCCACCAUCGCCUCCAUCUUCUGGAGCCAGGGAGUCUGGAUAUAGAAUGGCUGCUAAAGAACUCUGAAGCUAAACCCAAAGUGGUGAUCACUUAUGCAGGUGGCAACAUCUAUCAUGACAUGAUCGAAGAGCAAAAGGGCCGUGUUUCAUUCGCUUCCAAUUUCCUGGGUGGAGAUGCUUCUCUGGAGAUUUCUCUUCUGCAGCCAAGCGACUCUGGGCAAUAUACGUGCAAAGUUAAAAAUGCUGGACAAUAUGAAUGGAGCCAUAUCACUUUGAAGGUUCUAGAGAAACCUUCAAAACCCAAAUGCUGGAAAGAAGGGGUGGCAUCUGAAGGAAAAGAAAUCACUUUACAAUGUAACUCCGUCUCUGGCACAGCCCCUAUCAUGUACACAUGGCAGCGCGUAGAUUCAAAGGGAAAAUUUGAGUCUCUGCCACCCUCAACACGUCUCAAUCUGUCUAAUCCUGCCCAAAUUAUUAUGAAGAAUCUCACAUGGAUGUUCACAGGAUCAUACCAGUGCACUGCCUCCAACGAAGCAGGAGAGGACAGCUGUGCCAUACAAGUGACAGUGCAACAUCCCCCGAAUGUUGGCAUCGUUGCCGGAGCAAUCUGUGGAGUGAUGGGAGUAUCCUUGCUCGUUGUCUUGGCUGUGUGGCGAACUAUCAAAAAGAAAGAAAAAAAUAAAUACGAAGAAGAGACUCCAAAUGAAAUCAGGGAAGAUGCAGAGGCACCCAAGGCCCGGUUAGUCAAGCCUGGCUCUUCCUCUUUGGGCUCCAGAAGCUCACAUUCUGGUUCUUCCUCAACAAGAUCCACAGAAAACAGUGCCUCUCGCAGCCAGCAAACACUGUCAACAGAAGCUACCCCACACCUAACACCGACGCAGCGCAGCCACCUUGAGAUGAAUGGCAGGAAAAUUGAGCCAAAGAGAAGUAACUACACCAGUUUGAUCAAAACGGAAGGAACCCCUACAAUGAUGCCUGCUCAAAGUCGAGCUUUCCAAACCGUUUGAUUACUGUUCCGUCUAUUUGGCCUCCACCUAUAUCCAUAAAUUACAUGCGCUGCCAGCAUUAUGCAAUUAUUUUAUUUUCCAAUGCAAUAUUGGUUUUCUAUAGUCAUGCACGUACACACAAAGAACAAAAACCCUCAGUAUUUUUUUUAAUCUUUCUGUUUUGAGGUACAAGCAGACUUGGAAAAGAGAACUCGUAAAAACAAUUAUUUCUAUUUUUUUAAGAUUUUUUUUUUAAAAUUUUUGCGAGUAACGCUUGGAAGGAGAAAAGGGAAUGCUGACCCAACAGGAAUAGCAGUUUUGCAGUUUUGUGCCAAUUAGCUUUUUUUUUUAAAAAAAAAAAGAAUACUGUGGAAUAGAGAUGCUCCAGCAGAAUUCUUAAGGGAAAAUGAAAUGCAUACAUAUACAAUUGUCUUCAGUUGUGACCUCUGCUUUUCACGGCUAAUGUUGAGUCUGAUCAGCUUCAAGAGAAAACUAACAGGACGUUGCAUGUGUCCUUUUCUUGAAUUAUCAAUAUUUGGACACAUCACCACCAAUGAAGCAGAAAACAGUAACUUUGGGGAAAAGCGAGAAGCAAUAUUAAACUUUAAUUGGUCUUCUUUACUGGAGGGACUUUCUGUGAACAUGGAAGUGCAUUAAUUUAAGAAGGUACGUACGACUGAAUACGGCUAAAGAAUAUAGACAUUAGCCCACUGUGACCAAGCUAAUGUAUUUGUAUGUAUGUAUGUAUAUAUUCAUAAAUAAUAAGCAAUUCCACUAAAGGGAAUUAUAUCCUAAUGGAUCAUUAGAAUGUGAGAUCAGCAUCAAAUCCUGAAUUCCAUUUACAAGUUUUUAAAAAUGGUGUUUUUAAAAUACUGUUCUCUAUGCUGGACAUAGUGACAUUCAUUUUAGGAUGAGUAGUGCCAAAGGGUUUUUUUUUUGGGGGGGGAGCAUUUUUGGUGGGAAUACAAUGUCAUGAUUAGUAAACAUUUUGAGGUAAUAAUCUAGGAAAUGUGAUCAUUUGGAUGGAUACAGCAUACUCAAACUUGUGCAACUAACUGCAAAAUUUAAAGGAGAUAUAAAGAAUGGAAAUGAGCUGGAAAUGUAGAUUUCAGCUAUGGUGUUAAGAAUGCUUUCAUCUCUCCAAAGUGGAAUGUCUCAUCUAUGGACAGAACUAGUAUCACCCAGCUUUAACGAUAAGAAAAUGCAAGUUGUUUGACUUCAAGUGCCAACUAGAUUGCAAAGAUGAUGAGUUUUAAACUGAUAUUAUUCCAGGGGGAUUAUUUCACAUCACAUUCUUAAACACAGUCAGGAAGAAGGAAAUAAGAGAACCCACUAGACUCAUAUAUUAUAAGAGUAAUUUAUAAAUGGUGACUUAGGAUUCAAAAGUAGGAUGUGCAUUGCUAAUACAGGACAGUCAGUAUUACUGAUCUUAUAAGACUGCGACAGAAAGCUAUUUUCACAAGAAAUAAGAAGCAGGUUUCCAGCUAUACAGCAGACACACUUAAUUUAGAAGUCUCCAUAACAAAAUUUCUGGAGCAUCUUGAAGCACAUUCAACUAUGAUUAAAGUCAGCAUUGCAUGAAUUCCUCAGCUGAGUCUUAUAUAUGCUCACUCAGAAGUUAAGAACCAGGCAUGGCAGGUUUCCUGUCUGCUUGUUUAGAAUGUUAGGAUUAUUUCAUCUCUCUCAACCAAGCUAGUUUAUCCCUUCAUCGACCUUAACUGAAUAUUAAAAAAAGCAAUUCAGCUUACAAACCAUCAUCAAGUCCCAUAACGCAGAACACAACAUAAAGUAAAAUCCAAGGCAGAUGAACUAUUCCAUCAUUUUAUUUAUACCAAAACUCAGAAUAUUGCAGGUUAUCAAAUCAUGAUAGUUAUCCCAAGUUGUUUUCACCACCUUUUAAAUUAAAAAGCUAUUUAAAUCUUAUUUUAAAAUUGAUGCUUAAUGAACAAGGUAUAGAAAUCAAUUAGUUAGGACAAUUUGCUACAAAAUAGAACACACCUGCCUUAACUCUUUGGGGGGGAGGGAGCUAUAGGCACUGUUAGUUUUGAAAAAGUGGCUGGCACCAUGUCAAAAUCCCCAUUGGAAAGAAUAGGGAAUCAUAAAAUUUAGUAUACGGAAACAACAAGCUCCUUGAAAGAUAAAUUGGCAAUACACACUCUAUUAGUUUUCUACUUUAAUAAACAUCCACCGCACAGGAAGUGAAAAAUGUUUCCC